GACAAAGCCAUAUGAACCUUAUAGUGCUUGUGUAGUCACUCUGACACACCUUUCCAGCCUUAUCAGCGAGGGCGUGUCCCCAAGGAGCGCACAGCGACAGGAUUCACCUGAACUCACUACGCCACUACAGGAGGAGGAAAAUGGGUAAAGCAGGUGUACGUGGGGACUUUGAAUGGGCUUACGACGAGCAGCCGCACACAUGGAGAAGAAAGGAGAUUUUAGCCAAGUAUCCACAGAUCAAGUCUUUGAUGGGUCCCGAUCCCCAGCUGAAGUGGGUGGUGUCUGGAAUGGUACUCACUCAAUUUGUGGCAUGUUACUUAGUCCAUGAGCUGUCUUGGAAGUGGUUGUUUUUUUGGGCAUAUGCCUUCGGUGGCUGUAUAAACCACUCUUUGACCCUGGCCAUCCAUGACAUCUCACACAACAUCGCAUUCGGGAACAAGCAGGUGCGCUGGAACCGGUGGUUCGCCAUGUUCGCCAAUCUUCCCAUUGGCCUACCAUACUCAGCCUCCUUCAAGAAAUACCACAUCGACCACCACCGCUACCUUGGAGGAGAUGGCCUGGACGUGGACAUCCCUACAGACAUAGAAGGCUGGUUUUUUUGUACACCUGCAAGGAAGAUACUCUGGCUCUUCCUCCAGCCUUUAUUUUAUGCACUGCGGCCUUUGGUGGUGAACCCAAAACCCGUGACCAGACUGGAGAUGAUGAAUGCAGCCAUACAGUUCGCAGCAGAUAUUCUUAUCUACUAUAUGUGGGGACUCAAACCGAUUGUGUACCUUAUCUCAGGAUCCAUUCUGUGCAUGGGCCUGCAUCCCAUCUCUGGACACUUCAUUGCUGAGCAUUACAUGUUCCUGAAGGGCCAUGAGACUUACUCAUACUAUGGCUGUCUGAAUUUAAUCACUUUCAAUGUGGGAUACCAUAUGGAGCAUCAUGAUUUCCCAAGCAUCCCUGGUAGUAAGUUACCUGAGGUGAAGAAAAUAGCAUCAGAGUAUUAUGAUUCAUUACCGCAGCACACCUCCUGGAUACGGGUUCUCUGGGACUUUGUGUUUGAUGACAGCAUUGGCCCCUACGCAAGAAUCAAAAGAGAAUACAAACUGGCCAAACAGGAAUGAGUUGUACUGUUGGUGCAUUAUUCUCAAAGAGCCGCUAUUUAAACGGAAAAGAAGAAAACCUGGACAAGCCUGCUGAACCGGUAGAAACACGUGUUUAAACUACAGCAUGAAACUAUUUCAGGGGUUUAGAGUACACUUGAACUGGAUGGUCAAUUCCAUCGAGUUGAGUUUUCAUCUAAUGUUGGUUAGAAUCAGUGGCUGCUGAGAUGUUUAUAAAUAUUAUUUUUGUGCUAACCAGCCACUAAAAUGUCUUCUCAUCAGUGAGAAGGCAUACUGUUAUUUAGACAUGCAAAAUGUUUUUUUAUAGGCUGUCAUUCUAAAGCUACCGUAUCCUGUAAUUAAUCGCUAAUUUGAAUAAUAAUCAUGUGAGACAUGAGAGUCAUGUGUUGAAAGUGGUGUGAAUCAACCUGGAUACUAUACAAUGCAAUUGCUGAAUUAAAAAAAAAAGCAUUUCUAAUUUA